AAUCAACAAUGGAUUUCCAAAUUGAAAACGAACCUUCUGACGAUAGCGAAUAUGCUGAGAUGGAUUUCAGGCAAAUCGAUGAAAGCAUUCAAGAUAUAUCAAAAGGUAUGCGACGAGGCGAUUGGGCAUAUUUGGGCAGACAUCCAGAGAUACGCGCUAUCGUGCGUUUCAUCAUAAUGGAAGCAGCGAAAAAUAAGAAACAGAAAUGUAUUUUUCGCUUUGUUGCCGAUUUAUUUCAGGAAAAGAAUAAGAAAAUGUUGCAAAGAUUGAUAAAUAAGCAAUUGAAGUGGGUGAAUAAGCAGGUGAAAAGCGGCAAAUGGUCGCCAGCCGAUGGAGCAAUGUCCUUUACCGCAACCAGCGAAACUUCCUUGGGCGCUGUAAAGAAAUCGAGUUGUGAGCAUGAUUUGAAAAAUGCAAAAAGCGAUGAUGAUUUGCCAAGCCAGAAGAAUCAGUGCCCGGAAAAUUAUCAGCCAAAUUGUUGAAAACAAUUGGAAUUUAUUAAAAGUGUUUUUUU